AUGAAUAUUUUUAUUAGAUAUUUAUUUUUAUAUUCAUUUAUAUUAGUAUAUGUAAAUAGUAUAUCUAAUAAUACUCAAGACAAUGGGAAAAAUAUUAAUGAUUCAAAAGAUGAAGUAAAAAAAGCUUUUGAUAAUGGUAAUUUUAAUAAACUAGAAGAAAUUUUAAGUCAACUUAAGGAGAAUAAAGGGAAUUUAAAUAGUAGUAACAACUUAAAUGCAUUCAAAGAUAUUUUUAAUUCUAAUUCUGCAUCUGAAUUUAAUUUACAAAAUUUAUUAAAAUUAUUAAAUUUAUCAAAUAAAAGUAAUAAUUCUGAAAGCAUAAAUAAUAAUACAAAUUUUAAUAAUGUAGAUAUUAAUAAAUGGAUGGAAUUAUUAAAGCAAUUUAAUAAUUCUAAGAAAGAUAAUAUUCAACAAACUGGGAAUGAAAGUAAUGAAAACGAUAAAAAUAGUAAUGAAAGUAAUAAUAAAUUAAAUGAAGUGAAAAAAGAAAGCUAUAUAGAAAAUUUAAAUAAUUUAUUAAAAAAUAUAAACAUAAAUAAUAAAGAGAAUAACAAUAAUGCAAACACCUCAAUUUCUCUUAACCAAUUAGCAAAUUUAUUUGGACAACUACAUAAUAAUAAUAAUAAUAAUAACAAUAAUAAUAAUAACAGUAAUAAUAAUAAUAAUAAUAAAGUAUUUAAAGAUAUUGAAGAUUUAUUUAGUAAAUUUGUAAAUUCAAAUAAUCAAAAAAAAAGCCCAUACUCAUUAGAUAAAAGUGUGAUGGAUAAUUCUUCAUCCAAAAAAGAAUCAGUUUUAUUAGAAUAUAAUAACAAUGAAAAAUAUUUAAGUGAUUUACAAAAUAUAUUAAAUCAAAAUAAGGAUAAAAAGAAUGUAAAUGAAAAGAAUGAAAAAUUAAAAAAGUUUUUUUCAUCAUUAAAAGGUAAAUAUAAUCCCUACUCUUAUGAAAGAAAAAUUUUAAAUGAUUUAAUUAAUGAAGAUGAUAUUAAAAAUAAAUAUAAUCUAGACGAUUCUUUUGAAAAAUAUAUUAUUGAAAAUUACCAAGAAGAUGAAGAAUAUGAAGAAAUGAGUGAUGAAGAAAAAGAGAAAAAAACAGAAAUGUUUGAAGAUAUAAAUGAAUUAGACGAUAACGAUAUUAUAGAAAGUGGUUCCAUUAGUAAUAAAUUACUAAGAAAAAAUAAGAUAGAAAACGAUAAUUUAUUAAGAAAGCUAUCUAUUGAUGAUAGUGACACCAUACAAGAAUGUAACUGUUCUAAUAAAAUUAAAAAUUGCAUAUUGUCAUAUAUAAAUUAUGAAAAUUUAGAAUACAUGUUAGAAAGUUUGGAUAUAGAUGUAAAAACAUUAAUAAGAAGAUAUAUUGGUGAUAAAAAUACAAAAUUUCAGAAGACGGAUUCAUUUUUAAUACCAUUACCUCCAUUAAAUGCUAAUACAGAUGUUGAAAAUACAUCUAAUUAUGUUUUAAGAGUCCCUCGUGUUUUAUUUUUAACCACAAGAAAAUCCUUUUCUUCCUCCCUUGAUAGAUAUUUUUAUAAUUUAUAUAAUAUAAUGGGAUCUCAAUUAAAAUGGAAUACUUAUAUGUGGGGAUAUGGUUUUAAAUAUUACCCAGUAUUUUUUCCUAAAAAUUUACAUAUGUUAUUAAAUAGCUAUUCUGGACAAAUUGGUAGUGAUCCAUUUGAUAUUAUAUUUAUUCAUAAUAGCUUUGUUUCGAAUUAUUAUAAUCAUUUUUUUUUUUUGAAAAAUAUGCCCAAAUUAACCACGUUGAUAUAUAUAAAUGAUGGAUGGGACAGUAAUGUGAAAACUACUUUUUUGAAUUUAUUUCCUCACAUAUUUUUUCAAAAUCAAGUAAAUAUUUUUGAAUUUAAUCCUUUAAAUAAUAUUGAUACAGUUAAGGAAAAAAAAAAGCUAUUCAAUAGUUUGUGGAACAAAGUUUCGAAUAGCAACGUUAGUAAUGUUAUUACUAAUAGACAUAAAAAAAAAAAUGAAUUAAAAAGCAAGCCAUCAUCUGAUAAAGAACAAAUGUUAGAAAAUGAAAAUGAUAGUAAAACAUUAUGGGCAUUUUUACCACAUGGAGUAAAUCAUUGUUGUUCAAAAAAUUUUAAUUUAUGUUUUGAAUCAAAAGAGACUGAUAAUAAUAACAUUAAUUUUUAUUAUGAUCGUGCAAGAAAAAUUGAAAACACUCACACACCAAACUAUGAGCUCAGUUAUUCCUUAUUGGAUUUAUUUUUACAAGAAUGUAAUUUUAAAGAAACAUCAAUUUUUAGUAACUCUACUAGAGAUAUUGACAUUUUAUUUUUAUAUAAUACCACAUCUAGUAAUUAUAAGGAUUAUCUUGUUCAAAAAAUAAUGGAUUACAUAUAUAACAAAAAUAUUGAUAAUUUAAAAAAUAAAAUUCUUAAGUAUGAAGUUGAUUUAUAUUACUGGAAAGUAUGGGGAUUACAAACUACUCAUAAACUCAUAAAAAAUAAAAUUAAAGAAUAUACACAAUAUUUGCAAAGAAGCAAAGUGUGUGUAAUAAGUUCAAAAUAUGCUGGUAUGCUAAAUAAGAUGGUUAUUGAUGCUCUGUUUAAUGGUUGUGUUGUUAUUACAGAUAAGAGUCAUAACAAAGAUAUAAAUAAAUUUUUAAUUUCCACUCAUAUACCUUUUGAAUAUUAUGAAAUAUCUGACCUAAUUUAUAAUAAAGAAAAUAUGAAUUCGUUGGCAAAAGAUCUUAUUAAUAAAAUAAAUACAACACUUCAAGAAGUAAAUAGUGGAAAAAGAGACAAAAUGAGAAUAGAAGCUUUCAAAACUGUUUUAAAUACUUAUACAUACACCGGUAUAAUAUUAAAUUGGAUAAUUCCUUCUUUAUAUUUUCAUUAUAAUAAAGAAAAAUAUGAAAUUACCAAUAAUUAUUUUGUUUUACCACAAUAUUUUGAAAACAUUAUUUCCAAAAGUUUAAAAACAACCAGUGCUAAAAGAGAAAAAAUUAUUGCAAAUAUUGAUUUGUCUUUGCAAGAAGAUCUUAUUAUGAAUAAUAAUGAAGUAGCAGCUUGGUGCAUAAUAUGGAUAUUCAUUUUUUCAAUAAUAUUUUUUUAUAUUUUAAAAAAUAGUAAUAUUAUCAGCUUUUUUAUAAAAAAAAAAAAAAGUUAUAGAUAA